ACUACACACCAUCAUGGAGUCUCAGGUCAGACAAAACUUCCACCAAGACUGUGAGGCGGGCCUCAACUGCACGGUGAACCUGAAAUUCCACAGCUCCUACAUCUACCUUUCUAUGGCCUCCUAUUUUAACCGCGAUGAUGUAACCCUUUCUAAUUUUGCCAAGUUUUUCCGGGAACGUUUAGAAGAGGAGAAGGAGCAUGCGGAAAAGCUAAUCAAGUACCAGAACCAGAGAGGAGGCCGGGUGUUCCUCCAGAGUGUAGAGAAACCAGAGCUUGACGACUGGAAGAAUGGUUUAGAGGCACUGCAAACUGCUCUAAAGCUGGAGAAAUCUGUAAACCAGGCUCUGUUGGACCUCCAUGGUGUGGCUGCUGACAAGAGUGACCCUCACAUGACGGACUUCCUGGAGUCUUCUAAUUUGUCGGAGAGCGUAGAGAAGAUGAAACUUGGAGAUCACAUCACCAGCUUGAAGAAGCUUUGGUCUAGCCACCCUGGCAUGGCCGAGCACCUAUUCAACAAACACACGCUUGGCUGAAGCUUCUAGCGCAGUUACAAGGCUAUUGUGAA